GUGUAUAGAGUAUAUGUAUAGAGACUUAUGUGUGUGUGUGUGUGUGUGUGUGCGUGUGUGUGUGUUUGUGUGUGUGUGUGUGUGUUACUGCAGGAGGAGACUGUGUGAGUCACAUGCUGUAAUGGACACGGUCAGAGUAGAUAUGGUGUCUCUGUGGUGUGUGUUGUCUCUGCUCACCUUCCUCUCUCUAGAGGCUUCAGGAACAAACCCUGUCACACCAAAGGGGCUUGAUUAUGAACUUGAGAUUAGCAUCAACCCCCUACGGGAGAAGCUCAAAACCAUCCAAAUCCCAAACAUGAGCGGCAGAGCAGACGUUUUAUUUACGGACGUCUCAUACACAGUGAGCAGCAUGAAGAUUGAAGAUGUUUCGUUGGUUUCUAUGGCUGUGAGGUUGGUACCUGGUACUGGGUUGAGUCUGUCCAUCAGCAUUGCCUACAUUGGCCUGAAAGGCAACUGGGAAGUCAAAAAUCUUUUCAAAGACGACGACGGCUGGUUCACUUUGUCCAUCUUUGACAUCAGGAUCAGCACCACCUUUGGUGUGAGUAACGAUGGUCAAGGGCAUCCAAGAGUUUACGCUGAAUCCUGUUCUGCUUCUUUUGGCCAAGUCAAAAUCGAUCUGCAUGGAGGUUCGAGCUGGCUGUAUCAGUUGUUUGACAGCUACAUCAAUUCAGCUCUGCUUAAUUCCCUACAGCCACAGAUCUGUACUAUGGUGACUGAAGCCAUAAAUAGCAUCAAUCCGCAUCUGAAAACUGUAAAUGGAUUAUGUGCUGAUCGGGACAGGUGUCCAGUUUGGAGGAUUGGAUUUACCUGAUGUCCUCUAACUGUGGAUUCUUUUUCCAAACUAAUAUUUUUCCUGAAAUUAUAAGCUCUUCUUAGUACUUCAUAGUACAGAUCUCCCAUUUAGAGGGAUGUACUGUUACUAGUAGCUCGACAGUGAAAGACCUCGGUGUUAUAUUAGACAGCAACUUGUCUUUUAAAAAUCAUAUCGCUCAUACUACCAAAACAGCCUUCUUCCACCUU